AUGCUGUUCUAUCUUACGACUCUCAACCUGGUUCGUUUUCUCCGUUUUCUCUGUGAGGAUACUCCUAUUUUGAAAGAGAAUGAAACUGACUGGGAGCUAUUUGUGACUGCUGCAUCUGAUGCUGUUGUCUGCAUUGCUAGAACUGUAAAUCCUACUGGAGUUGUGCAGUUGGUUGCUGCUAUUGUAGCUGCAAUGAAUGAUAUAAAUACGAAAUUAGUUUUACAUCAUAGUGGGUACUUUAUUGAUAGUGAUGGUGGGCCUAGGAGUUACUUUGGAGGUAAAGUACAUGUGAUUCCCAUAGAAGAUUUGGUUAAAGGGUUAAGAAGAUUGGAUACUGACCAAGAUGUUUUAGAAAUGUUUCAAUAUGUGGGAUCUACAAACACCUUAGAAUUAUUUGUUGAGCAUCGUGUGCCACACAAUGUAGACACUCCUCACCCUGUUUUGUUCCUUAGCGAUGCCCCUGUAAAUGAGGAUGAAAAUGCUCAACAUCCUCAUUAUCAUGACUAUGAAGAUGAAGCAAAUAGUGAAGAUGAGGAAAAUGAUGACUCAUCAAAUAGUGAUUUCUUAAAUAGUAGUGAGGAUGAGGAUGACCUUACUGAGGAUGAUAUAAUGUUUGACAGUAAUGUAGAGAAGGAACCAAAUGGAGAAGGAGGCAAUGCAUUUAAGGAAUGUGUUGUCAAUGACGGGGAUUCAUCUGAGGAGGAAUUAAUACCCUUGAAGGAUCUGAUGAGAAGGGUAAUGGGAAGCCAAAAUGUUGUAAGGGAAUAUGCAGUUAAAGGGGGUUAUGAUGUCAAAUUCACAAAAAGUGAGACAUGGAAGGUUCAAGUAAACUGUAGUGAUGAGUGUGAGUGGAAGUUUUAUGCAUCUAAGAUGAGUGGAGAGAACACAUUGCAGAUUAAGACAUACAAACCUACACACACUUGCAACAGAACUUACAAGAACAAACAAGUAACUAGCGCAUUUUUGGCAUCUAAAUAUGUGAACAAAUUCAGGACCACCCCUACCUGGAAAAUAAAUGAGUUCAAGGACACUGUGAAAGAUGACUGUGUUGUAGAAGUAUCCAAAAUGAAAUCUUAUAGAGCUAGGAAACAAGCAUUGGUGCAACUUGAGGGAACAAAUGCUGAACAAUAUACAAAACUAUGGGAUUAUGUUGCUGAGUUGAUAAGGACCAAUCCAAGUUCAGGAGUGGACAUCAAUGUAUGGAGGCCUCAACUUGAAAUUAAGCCUAGGUUCCAGAGAAUUUUUAUGUGCCUUAAUGGAAUCAGGAGAGGGUUUUUAGCUAGUAUGAGGCCAUUGAUUGGCUUGGAUGCUUGUCAUUUUAAAGGACCUUGUCAAGGGCAAUUGGUUGCUGCAGUGGGAUGGGAUGGAAACAAUAUGAUGUUCCCAAUUGCUUAUUCAGUGGCUAAGAGUGAGAAUAAAGAAAGUUGGACUUGGUUUGUACAAAAUUUGUUUAAAUGUAUUGGCACAAGUGCAGAGCAUGGAUGGACCUUCAUCACUGAUCAACAAAAGGGACUGGUUUUGUAA